GCAUAAGCAGCAGCACCAUGGGCAAUUGAAUUCAACUGCACAUACGGAAGUCUGUUGGUUCUUCGGUAGUUGCACGGUAGUCGUUCAUUUUUUUCUUUCUUAACGUUUCAGCCCUUCCCGGUCGCCUAAACGAACAUCUGUUCUAAAUAAUACGCUGGAUUGGUUAGUUCGUCUUUAUAACCUUCUAAGUUCUAACAACUACGACCUUCGGUUUGUUGGAAGAUGUCUGCUGGAACUCAAGCUUCAGUAACCGAAGAUGCAUUGGCUGUGCCGGAGCCGCCCGUCGUCACUAAUAAUAUCAUCGAAGCUGGCGUCACUGCAUCGACCUCAACUGAGGAUUCCGCGAGCAAAACGCCAGAGACAUCCGGUGUCCACUCUUCAGCUUCCACUUCCGCAUCCAACCGGAUGCAUCUGCGAAGGAAUAAACGAAAGCGGGAUCUGAGCCUGACAGUGAAGGAUGAAAAAGAAGUCAAACAGGAGCUGGGCGAAAAUGACUUUAUCGUAGAGCGGGUUUUGGGAUACAAACAAGUUAACAAAAUCCGUUACGCUCGUAUAAAAUGGCGCGGAUUUAGCCAAACAUCUUGGGAACCCUACGAUUCAAUAUUUUAUGUGAACGCUAACGAGGUCGAUCGAGGUACAGCAAAAGAGAAGGAGGAGAAAGAGCACAAACGACUGAAAGCCGAAAGUGAAAAGCGGAGAUUAGAACGUAAACGGCGGGCCAAUAAAAUUCUGGACAAACGAGAACGGAGUGGGAAAAUUGACUACAAAGUUCGUUGGAAAGGAUUUCCCAGGGUGGUUGACUCAUGGAUUACAGAAGAGAAAUUAAAUCGUCCGGAUCUAGUGGCAAAAUUUAGUGCUUCUGAGGUGGCAACCAAACCGGAGCCGGAUGACGUAUUGGUCGCAGCGGCCGAGGCUCCCAAGUCCGCAGCCCCUCUUCCUGCUGCACUGUGGCCGCCGGCUCUGUUAGAUACCCGCACACCCAAACUGAACGACAUGUUAGCUGCCAAAAGCAAAACAGCAGCGAAGAGUGUUACAUUCGUUCCCCCUGAACCCGAACCUUUAUCCGACCAAGCGUUAGCGAUCCCCCCUCCCCUCCCGAUUCCAUCGACCUCCCGCCUGAUAAAGCCGGUCUUCACCGUCCGCCGUAGGAAGCCCAAGACAGUGAAAGUGAAGAAGCCUCCAGCACCACCCAAAAUCCAACCCAUCUACAACCCGUUAAAAACCUCCCCCGAUCAGCUGUUGGGCUGGCGCGGUCCCGCCGACUGCUGGAGUGUGGCGGAUGUGUGCGAGUGUCUGCGACAGUACGGGUUCGGUGAUAUUGUGCACAAGUUCCAGGAGCGCCGGGUGGACGGCCCGGCCUUCCUGGCGCUGAACGAGCCGCAGACGGUACAGCAGAAGAUGCAGAUUCCCUUGGGGCCCAGCUUGAAGAUUUCUAAAUUGGUGAAGGAUUUGCAUGAAGUGCUCAAGAAAUGAGAGAGGUGGUAUUUGUUGUCCGUGGACGUUAUUCUCGCGUUUGACUAACGCGUUUGCAUGUUGUGUUCUAAAAUUGGACAGAAAUACUGUACACUGUUAGUUUCAUUACGCCAUUUGAAUGUGCUGGCGAAGUAGACAAUUGCUUGUUUUCCGGUAAUCGCUCUUGUAGCAUUUUCCACAUAAUCUGCGCGGGGAAAUAUUCUUAUUGACCUUACUGUUCAUUUGUUAUUUAUUUACAGUACUAGUGUGGCUUUGCGUUAAUUAGUUGCUUUACGAAUUUUUGUGUUGUAUAAAUUUUAGUGCUAAUUUGAAAUAUGUUUUCUUGUAUUUGUGGAUUAAGGUGUCGUUGUUGCGCCUGCAUAUCGGUUGUGUAAAUAUUUGCUCAUACCGAAAAUGAAGAUAUGACUGUUA